GCUUAAUGUGUGUGUCUGCCUGCUCACCGAAACGGAGGGGUUUGCUUGUGCAAACUUACUUUUAUUGCUACACAGUGCUGUGCUGGGGCUUCCCAGUGGUGGAAUGCACUAAGCAAAUUUGGUUUGCUAAUGGUCAGGGCUCGCCGCCGCUUGCGUGAAGAGGGAAAAAAGGCAAGCCUUACCUUACAAGCGGACCUGUGCUGGAAGGGUUCGCACCCAUCUUCCCGUCCGAUCACGUAAGUACGCUAAAUAUCACUUUGAGCGCUUACGUGACCGUAAUGUCGAUUUUCUGAUCUUCUGAGCCAGUCGGUUCUUGCACACUUGUCGAUAAGCAACACGCAACCUAAGGUAUGUUCCCCAGCCCAGUUCGGGCACAUUCUUUCACGUGUGGCAAUGCCACGUAAUGCACCCGAAGACCCCACGCAUCACCAGAUUCGGAGGGAAUACCUUUUACCCGCCAUAAGAUAAUAUCGCAACCGCGCGAGUGUGUGUCGUUUUUUGAUCGGAAAUUGAUUAACAACCGGGUGUGCCUACACGCAUUUUGGUAACAUAUUUUACCCCAAAAACUCAUCCACACACGUCCACCAAAUGGCCAUCUUUUCGUGUUGCUUUCUCUCUCUCUCCCUGUAUGCAUAAAAUGUAAUAAAAUGUUGCUUUCUCUGUCGCGGUUCGUGGAAACAUUCACACAGGCUUUCGAAUUCAAAUCGAUUGGUUAUCUCGCGAAAGCAUCUAUCGAUACAAUCGAUCGUGACCAGCCUACCGAAAACAGCUUCGAGCUUUCCGUAAUCCACACUGUAAGCCCACACACACACACACACACACACACACACACAGACACUCUCGUGCCCGCUUAUUAAAUGCUAACAAAUUGAGCCGUCACAUCAACGGGCAAGGUGUGUGCUGAUGGAAUUCGCAACGAACGUUUUGCAAUGCUCAUCCCAGUAGGCGGUAAUUUCCCAUCUCGAGCUGUCAAAAUACGCGCCCAAAGACAACAACUAAUUAUUGUAGCAGACGAUGACUUGCCACCAGGGGAGCACCAGUGGGAACAAACAUGGAUCAAACUGGACUGACGGCUUCGGAGAAAAUUACCCUGUUCAGUGCGUGGGGCUUAAUUCGCAAGGAUUUGGACGUACACGGGCGAAAUGUGCUGUUGCUGCUGUUCCACAAACAUCCGCGCUACAUUGCGUACUUCGAUUUCACGGACGAUCCCAACGCCCAAUCGCUGGUGGACAACAAAUCGCUCUACGAUCAGGCGAUACACGUGUUCAAGGCGGUCGGUGCGCUCAUCGAGUACGGUUUCAAGGAUCCGGUGCUGUUCGAUGCGACGCUGAGAAAGAUCACCCGCCGGCACAAGGAUCGUCCCGUCUAUUCCGAGGACAUUCUCACGAUUGGUGAGGUAUUGCUGAACUACCUGGAGCAGGCGCUGGGGCGCCAAAUGUCCGACUCGCUGCCCGAUGCGUUCUGGAAGCUUUUCCAAACGAUCGCCGGUAGGUUUCCGGCCACUCCUAAGACUCCCAUUGCGGACGAGGGCGGCGAUGAUGCAAACGAUCCACAGCCAACAACGAGCCAACAGCGAGAUAGGGCAUCGGACGCACCUUGAAACUGACUGGUAAGUUUUAUAAUAAAGUCAACGUUCUUGGAAAAAGGUUUGGUUCCGCGGAUUUGACGCCGACGCGCUUUCUCCCAUUCUCCCCACGCGGGUUAGGCAAGUCAGAUUCGAAGGUAUUUUAGAUUUUUGUUUCCCCCGUAAGUACCUUCAGGAAGAUACCGCUGAGUGGAAGUUACUUUCGCGUGCCACAAGAAAUGACGAGAAUUCAUUAAAAGCAUCCUCAAGCAUGGCAUGUGGAGAGCGAGAUUCCAGGAAAGCCGAUUUCGUCGAAUCCGCUUCAAUAUGCUAACGAGCCAAUUAACUGGCCGGGCGGGGGCGGACGCUGGAAUGGAGCUUGUGCUUCAUGCAAAUUAAAAUAUGUCCGGCCGUAGCCGAAUCAAUUGUUUCGUGGAAAAUGAACUCGAAUCUGACGCCCGUCGGACGGACCAGUGAGAAAAUACCUCCGAGGCUACUUCGAUUGAUUGUUUGCAAAGGUGUGAAAACAAUGCGUUGUGGGCUGGGGCCGUUUCAAAUUCGAGUUUCGGUGAGAUUGAACAUGCUUUGCAAACCGAUUUGCAUACUUUCGGGCGUUUUUUGUUGGACAGAAUAGCUUAAAUUUCCCCUACAGUUAUGCAAACCGCGUAGCAAAAAUAGCUUUACUGUCCAUUUUCUCUUCCAUUUUUGUUAUAACGGAUAU